CCUCAUCGACUGUUUGUAGAAUCAGAAUCACUUCCCUACUCGAGCUUCAGCCUCUGACCGAUGUGGUGAGGUGAAUCAAAUUUCCGGUAGUUUCUUAGCAACCGCUGAUACAAAUUUCAAACAAUUCGAAACGUGAUGGCACCGUCAAAAGAUGAUUUCACAGAAAAUAAAAAUGUACUCUUGGUCAACGCAUCAAAACAAGAAAUAUUCAAACUUACCGAGAACUACAAAUCUUUUCAAAGAAAGUUGAAACUAUAUUGGAGGAUAAUCGUCAAUAAAGAUGAAAUUACUGAGCAGUUGUUGUACAACUGCUCUGUUGUGGUGUUGCCAGGAUCUCAGACUCCUUUUGAAGAAAAUGAAAUCUCAGCUUUAAAGGGAUACAUACAACGUGGGGGUAGAGUGCUAGUACUACUUUCAGAAGGUAGUUCCAAUGAUCAAAGUAAUGUGAAUGUUUUACUUGAAGAGUAUGGAAUCGUCCCUAAGAUUGACAGCUUGAUUCGGACACACUACUAUAAAUAUUUACACCCUAAGGAAUGUUAUAUAGGAGACAGUCAAGUGCAUUCAGCCAUAAUCAAAGAAAAAGAUGAAAUGAAGCUAGUAUAUCCUUUUGGAUGUACCAUGGCAGUCACUAAACCCAGUGCUAUAGCCUUCACAAGUGGCGUGUCAUGCUUUCCUGUUGAUAAACCCCUGGGCGCCAUCUAUUAUGAUGAAAAAUCUGGAGGAAGACUAGUAGCAAUAGGUUCUGGUCACAUGUUUUCAGAUAAGUACCUGGACCAAGAGAAUAAUGAGAAAUUUAGAGAGGCAAUAAUGUAUUUCCUCACUGAACAAUCUCCUAUCAAUUUUACACCAACAGACAAUGAUGAUAUUGAUCUCACUGAGCAGUAUAUUGUACCCGAUACAGCAGAAUUAGCUGAGAGGCCUAAGUUGUGCCUUACUGAUGCAGCUGGGUAUAGCAACUAUAUUGACUAUACCAAACUUUUUGACCAUCAAAUGUAUUCUAUGAACACCAGUCUUGUCCCUGUAGCUUUGAAACUAUAUGAAGAGUUAGGCGUGAAGCAUGAGCCAUUGAAGAUAAUAACACCAAAGUUUGAGACACCAUUCCCUACACUACAACCAGCCGUCUUUCCACCAGCUUUUAGAGACUUGCCUCCACCUCCAUUGGAACUGUUUGAUUUGGACGAAGCAUUCAGUUCAGUGUUUUCAAAUUUGUCACAGUUUACAAAUAAGUAUAUUAUGAAUAGUGAUGAGAAAGAAGAUUUGGAUCUGUUUGUUAAAGGAUGUGCUAGAAUUUUGGCCAUUGGAGCUACUAAGCCUGUGGAUGUGCUGUAUAAAAUUGGGAGCGAAAUUGCAAAGUUUAAAAGCAUAGAUACUAUUAAGUAGCACCUAAGUGUGUAAUGAUAAGAAUGAUUUUCAUACUUAUUUCCAAAAAGAGGUCUGCUCAUUUUCAUACUGGUGGGGAAGAAUGUUUAUCAACCAAGUUCUAAUUUUGUAACUUUCAUUAUCAUAGAACUGUUUGUUAUCUUAUUAUCUAAUAUUGAGGAAAUACGAAAAAUGGUUAACACUAAAUAAUAAAUAUAUUUACAAGUA